AUGAUGGUGAAAUUUAUUCCCCGUACAGCUGAUUGAGUACCGUAAAAGAUAACACAAAGGUGUUUUGUUGGAUGUGUUUUUCGCGUAUUCCUUUGCAAAAGAAAAUAAAAAUACUUCCGUAAAAUAUACGUUUUCUAAGAGCCGAACCAGUGAUUCAAUCCGGGAAGGGCAACUAGUGGUUUACGCAACAGUGCAUUAUGUUCAACUUUGACGGGGACUUCCGUCGACGACCGCAGCAGAAUCUCGGUGGGGCAUCGCAAAAGUCGGACCGUCUAACAAUCAUCCGCAAGGCGCAGCAUGAGCGCCAAAAGCGAGAGGAUGCCCGCCGCCAGCAGAACGGGGCCACGGUGAUACAGAGUGCCGUACGGAGUUUUAUCCAGCGGCAAAGUGUGAAGAAACGGGAACGGGUCAAGUUCGACGAGUAUCGCAGGACGUGUGGAAUUCGCGAUCUACAGGACUUGGAGUAUUUGGUGAAGCGGAUCGAGUUCUUCUAUCACAUCCGGAAGGAUGGUGAACGAUUGAUUUGUUUGUGCCAAUACGUAAUUAAAAAUCCCGCUGAAGUAUUUGGCGUUGCCGCAGCACAAUCAAUGUGGACCCAUCGAAUCAAGAAACUACUUGGAUUAUGCCUGCAGCAAAUAUUUAUUCCGGAGCAUUCCCCCACCAUUCCAAUGCGAAUGCUGGAAAUAUUUUCUUCCAACACCUAUAUCGAAAAGUACAUCCCGAAAGACAAUCCGCAUGCCAGUCGAACUUAUCUGGAGAAUAUAUUCUGCUACCUCAUUCGGCAGAAAUAUUUCAAAGUCGUACGACAGCUGAUCGAGGAAAAAAUUCCCGCAAUAGAUGAGGAUACCACUUCGAUUCCAAACCCGAUUGCCGAUGCUCUGCUGCAGAUGCUGCUCCGCCCGUUGAAGUUGCUACCCACAUCAAACGAAAUGUUCAACAAGAACAUCCUGCAGUCGUUCACGUUCCACAUUCUGUCGCCGGCGUUCUCCGACCAGGUCAAGCACUACAUUGUGCCCUCGUUGGCCAGGAGCGGCGUUUUCCCGUACAUGUGUUUGCUGCGGUACAUUGCCGAAGAGUAUCAGCUGCGGUUGGACUAUCAGAACACAAUUCUGAUAGACAUCGAUGACGAGAUGGACGAUGGUGUAGCCUCGACUACGGUGACCACGAAGGCUGGGGAAAGCUCGGCCGGUGCAUCGAAGAAGCCUCGAAUGAAUCGCGAAAAGGAAACACUGGUGCUGUCCAGUUCGCUGCUCUAUUGUGUUAUGAAACUCGGAGACGAUGAGUUGGAGAAACUCAACACAAAUGAACUGUACGGUGCCUACGUGAAGGUCAUCUCAUCGAUGGUUAGUAACAUCACCAAACUUCCCCGUAUCUCGCUGGAAUCGUACCACCACCGGCAGGGCGAUUCCAGCGAUUCCGAAUCCGAUUCGGAGGACACACCCAUGUUGACCAGCUUGGAGAACCAAACCCUGGCAGAUAUUAUCGGCAUGCUGAACGAUAACAAGCGGGUCUCGUUUGUGGUGCGGCACAUUGACGUCGUGCUGGAACAGUCGGACGUCGUACAGUAUCUGUGUCUGAUCUGUCACAAUCUGAUGACCUACAAUCGGUUGGCCGUGUACGAAUACAAGCUGCUGUAUAUGCUGGCAUCGAAACCGCAGUUUGUUCGCUCAUUGUGGUACACAUUGACGGCGCAAACGGCUAGUCAGGGUUUCUCGUCGCCGAUUUCGUUACUGUCCAAGGGAUUGACUAUCUCUAAGUAUGACUCGGACCGAAUCGUGCCCAUUUUGGCUUCCUUCUGUGCUUUGUUCGGUCGCCUCAUUGCCACACUCAGCGAUACGGAAUUCUGCCAGGAGAAUGUGCUGCCCGGCACCGUUAGCAAAAUAAUGCCCUUCACUCUCGCAGAAAUAAUUCCGCUCAGCACGACACUCAAAGAAAUCUCGCUUGGACUGGUGGAGCUUGCAUUCCCCGAGACGCGAUCUUCCCUCAAGGACAGCUACCGGACCAUGCUGACGUCGCUGAACAACGAGUCCACCUCGCACUAUCGGCUCAAGUGUGACACCAACGAGCAGAGCAAAAACGUGUGGCCCCAUCUGAUGAAGGUUUGCGUGUCGCUCCUUCGACAGAUUCACACCCGAGACCUGCGGAGGGGUUUCUGCCCGGAAGGUCACUGGACGGCUCAGAAUCUUAAUCUUCCGCUGGACAAACCCACCGAUUUGCAUCUGUCCCGCGGUAGGCGUGGUCCGCGACCGUUUCAACCUAUUCGGGACUUCACUCGCGAGGAUGUAGAAGAUGGACCUCCGCUUUCAACGAAGCAAGUUCGAUCGAUUACAAUUCUUCGGGAGAUUCCAUUUGUUGUAGCUUUCAACACACGGGUGGGCGUUUUCCAAGGAUUGGUAGCAGCGGACAAACUGCGAACGCAGGGUGAUCUGCAAGGAUUUCUACAGGGACCGUCCAUCCAAUUGACCGUGCGGAGAUCACAUCUUUACGAAGAUGCGUUCGACAAACUGAGUCCGCUCAAUGAACCCGACCUCAGACCGAAGUUUCGUAUCGAAAUGGUCAACUCAGCUGGUAUGCGAGAAGCAGGCAUCGACGGAGGUGGGGUCUUCCGAGAAUUUCUAUCCGAGCUUAUCAAGACUGCAUUCGAUCCGCAUAGGGGAUUUUUCAUGAUUAGCAAAGACAACAUGCUCUACCCGAAUCCUAGUGUUGGUAAAAUUGUAGAAGAUUACCAACGACACUAUUACUUUAUCGGAAGGAUUCUCGGAAAAGCGCUGUACGAGAACCUUCUCGUGGAACUACCGCUGGCGGAGUUCUUUCUAUCAAAAUUAGCCGGAAAGCACUCUGAUGUGGACAUUCAUCAGCUUGCUUCCUUGGAUCCGGUAUUACACAGGAACCUCAUGUCGUUGAAGGCGUACGAAGGGGAUGUUUCCGAUUUGGGUUUAGAUUUCACGAUAGUAUGUGACGAAUUAGGUGAAACCAGGAUCGAGGAGCUCAAACCGAAUGGAGCCAAUAUCGCGGUCAGCUCAUCCAACCGAUUGGAAUAUAUUCAGCUGAUGGCCGACUUCAAGCUGAACAAACAGAUCCGUUCGCAGUGCCUUGCUUUCCGGCAAGGACUGGCGAAUGUUCUGCCCAUCGAAUGGUUGUACAUGUUUAGCAAUAAGGAACUGCAGGUGUUGACCUCGGGAGCGGAAAUCCCAGUGGACGUGAACGAUCUUCGGCAGAACACUCGCUACGGAGGGGACUUCACCCUGGAACACCAAACCAUCCAGCUGUUUUGGAAAGUGGUGGAAGAGUUCGAUGACAUCCAGCGGCGGCAGCUGCUGAAGUUUGUUACGAGCUGCUCGCGACCACCGCUGCUAGGUUUCAAGGAUUUGGAUCCACCGUUCUGCAUACAGAACGCGGGCGAUACCGAUCGUCUUCCAUCGGCGAGCACCUGCAUGAAUCUGCUGAAGCUGCCGGCCUUCGAGAAGGAGGAUGUACUGCGGGAGAAGCUGCUGUACGCCAUCCAGAGUGGGGCAGGAUUUGAACUGAGCUAAGAGGCAAGUACGAAUGCUGGUAAUUCGGAUAUCAAUCCAUAUGUGUAUGUGAGUGAGUUAGGUGGCUUUCCGUUGGUUUACGCUGGUGUAAAAUUCCAUAUUUCCUUGUGGUUUAGGUUCCAAUCUUUGGCCUCUUUCCGAUUGGUUGUGCGAAUUGGUACCGAGAGUAGUGAUUGUGUGAAUAGUUAUUCGUAUCAUAAUGAAAGCAAUUGUAAUUUGAUCCUAAGUACAUAAUUUAUUUUUCGAGAAAAAAUAUUUUAGCACUAUCGUCCUAUAAAUGUUCCAAAUUCUCAAUUCAAUGACAAAUUAUAGUGAUCAUUAAUUUGGAAACGUGUAAUAAACGGCAUACUUUAUGAAAAUAUCGAACAGAA